AUGGACAUAAGACAAUUUUUUAAUAAAAAACGUGCUAUUGACUCUGUACCUGAUACAUCGGGCAGUAAUUCCAAAAGUCAGAAAAAUGCUGAUGGGUCAACCAAUUUAUCCAGUUUAACCAGCAGUUCAGCUCCAGAUCUGGCACCAAAAGGUGAGGAUAUAAAACAAAUAAUACUAGCUAAUUAUCCCAAACAAGAAAAUAACCGGUCUUUUCAAGUUAACUGGUAUAAGAGAUUUUUGUGGCUAGAAUAUUCCCAAGAGCUAAAUGCUGCAUUUUGUUAUGCAUGUCGUCAGUUCCAACCAAAUGGAAGAAAAGGACACACGGUGUAUACCUAUUCCGGAUUUAGUAACUGGAAAAAUGCAACAGAUCUUAAAAAUGGAUUUCCAGCGCAUGAAAAAACGGCAGUUCACAUUAAAGCUAUGCAAAUGUGGAACGAGAAAAAAAUCAGAGACUUAACUGGCACUGCUGUGUCUACACUUAUCAAUAGUGAUAUUUUGCAAAAAUACAGAUAUUAUGUUAAGUCGAUUGCUGAGAUAAUUCAGUUUUUAACAGUAAAUGAACUAGCUCUUCGGGGCAAUGAUGACAUUGAGCAUGAACAAGAGCGGGGAUUAUUCUUAAAUUUAUUUAAAUAUACAAUUAAAAAGGACGAAAAAUUGGCCGAAUGUCUUCCACAUAUUCCUCAAAAUGCUAAGUAUACAUCUCCUGAUAUUCAAAAUGAGAGAAUAGCUAUUUUAGCUGAAAUGGUACGUGAACAAGUUGUUGGUGAUCUAAAAACUGCAGAUGUACCAUGGUUUACAUUACUUGAAGAUGGCACAAGAGAUAAAAACAACAGAGAAAAUGUAUCAAUUGGAGUAAGAUAUGUCAAAAAUGAUAAAGUGUUUGAAUCUUUACUAGGUAUUUACACUACAGAAAAGUUAGAUGCCAAAACUUUCACAAAUAUGACACUUAAUAUUCUUAAUGAUAAUGGAAUAGAUACAAAACACCUUCUUAGCCAAUGUUAUGACGGUGCUAGUGUUAUGAGCGGCCAUAAGGGGGGAGUAGCUGCUUUAAUCCAAAAAUCAUUAGGACGUUUUAUUCCAUACGUACAUUGCUUUAACCAUCGUCUCCAUCUUGUAGUUGUGCGAACUAUUUCAGAAAUAGAUUCAAUUAAACACUUCUUUGACCAAGCUGUUAUGUUACAUGAAUUUUUUGGACAUGGAAAAGUGGCUGCUAUUUAUUGGGGAAAGUCUAUUGGUAGACUAUUGGAGCAGCGCUGGUCUGGGCAUAUAGCAAUUGUUAAAGUUAUAUUUUCAAACUACACUGAAAUAUUAAGAUCAUUGGAUGAAUUUAAAAAUGAUCGGUCAUUUAUCUGUUGGUCUGUGUAUUUAUCAGUCAAAUCUGUUGGGAUUAAAUCAGUUAUGUUGGAAUACGACUUUAGAUUCACCCUUGUUUUUAUGAAGAAGUUACUUGGGCUCUUAGAACCUGCCGAUUCAGCUUUACAAGCUCGUACAAUUAGUCUAAAGGAAGCCAAUGAAAUUAUUAAGCCAGUAAAAAAUAAAAUUCGAGAUCUAAGAACAAAUGAGACUUAUCAAAGUUUAGCCAAUGAAGCUUCACAACUUUUAAAGGAUACGGAAGCAAUACCAACUGAAAAGAGAGUACCAAAGUUAAGCGUAACUAUGAAGGAAUAUCUGGUAAUGGAAAAACUGCCGUCUGAAAUGUCUAAUAAACCAAAUGCCAGUAAAAGUGGCACUGAAGCCGAAUUUUUUGAGUCCUUGGACCUUGUAUUAUCCCUAUUAAACGAGAGGUUCUCUGACAAUGAUGAACUAAUUACUGCAAUAAGUAGCAUUGAGCUUUUUGAUCUGGAGAAAAUCAAAUAUCUGGAAAAGUUGGGGAUUUCACUACCAACUCUGGAGGAGUUGGCAGUAGUCAAGGAUUACAUGCACAAUAAACCAAUGUCAGAUAUUUUUGCUGAAUUAUAUAAACAAAGGGAAGUAUUUAAAAAUACAUACGCCCUGUUUGCGACAGUAUAUACCCUUGGGUGUAGUACUGCAGUAAAUGAAUCUUCGUUUUCAACAUUAACUGCAAUUAACAGACCACAGAGAUAUUCUAUGAGUCAGCCUCACUGUAUAAUUUUAAUAAGACUAGUAUUUAAUGUUAUUGCUUCCAAUCCAGUAUCUUUCCUAGUGAUUUCCAGUGACUCCCAAGCAAGGAAAACGUAG